AUGGCCGACAAGUUUGUCACCGCCCAUGCAGGGGCUAAAAAGGCGAAAGCCAGGGUGAAUCAUAUAUUCUCCAUUAGGAAAUCGCCUGGCGAGGGACUCAGGGACUUCCUCACCCGGUUUAACAAGGUGAGAAUGAGUCUACCAAAUGUAUCAGAAAGGAUGACGGUAGUGGCCUUCCAGAAUGGGUUGAGUAGGAACGGGUCAAGAGCAACCAGAAAACUAUUAAGCAGGCUCAUGAAAUACCCUCCCACCACUUGGAAAGAAAUCCACAAUGCCUAUUGCGCCAAGGUGAGAGCCGACGAGGACAACCUUAACAGUCCGACCCAACGGUUGACGUCAGUUCAAGUAGAAUCAAGGAAAGAUCGUCGUAACAACGGUCGAAGGGAUCAGUCGGGCCCUCGUCUCAACCAAGAAAGACAUCAGCCCUACGUCAGAACAGUUGUCCCACCGUCUCCUCGACAUACGGAAGGGCCACCCAGGCCGCUCACAGGGACUCAGCAAAAUAAAAGAGGAACGGGGUCACAAAACCGAGGACUGCAUAGCUCUACGGCAAGAGGUAGUAAAAAUGCUAUGAGCAACCGUGGACAAGCCAACUUUUCCCGCGAACGUGAACAACACCAGGGACCUCCAAAGCCACCCUCCCCCGCUCGCACCAUCCAAAUGAUCAUCAGUGGAGGCGAUGAAGCAACGAUCAACCAUGUGAAGUUCACCACUACACAUAAACUAAAAUGGUCGAUCACCCACGAACGAUACGACGACCUCGGAGACAGUAUCAUCUUCGAUAUGUCAGAUACCGACAUUUUGACUUUUCCUUAUUUUGAUGCUCUUGUUAUUACUUUAUGUAUUUCGGAUACAGAUGUAAGAAGAAUAAUGGUAGACGAUGUAAGUGGCGCGUGUAUUAUCCACCCUCACAUCCUCACACAAAUAAGACUCGAAGACAAGAUAGUACCUCGUUGCAUAACACUAACAGGCUUUAACAAUGCAGCUGAGCGAACCUCUGGGGAAAUGACGCUACAUGUUCUGGCUGGGGGCAUCACCCUAGAAACAACAUUCCAUGUCAUAAACCAAGAUACAGCUUACAACGCCAUCAUAGGGCGGCCAUGGAUACGCGCCAUAAGGGUUAUCCUGCCAUCAUAG